CGGAGACUCAACCGGAACCGACCGGGUCGAAAAAAGCACACACUGGAAAAGCCACAAAGCCAAAGGCACGAUGAUCGAGGCGGCACGGUCAAUCCAAAAGUGGACGCCGGAGGAGGAGUGCUUAUUGGCGUCGGCUUGGGUUGACGUCUCCGAGCAUCCUAUUAUUGUCCGAAAGUUUAUCGGAGUUUACGAGGAAUGCUCCCGGUCCCGAAGGAGCGGGACGAAUGACGGCGAUGUUCUCCGGCUUGCCACGGCCCGGUAUCAAGACGACGGGCACCAAGGCAAGGUGCCCAUCGAUCUUUGGAGGAUUUUGAGCCGUUCCCCAAAGUGGCAACAACUCAACAAUCCUGAUGGCGGAUCGUUCUGGAAAAGAUCAUUCGUCGACGCCGAGGUUGAGGUCGACGAGACUAUCGGUUCGACCGAUCAAAUCCCUUCCUUCAACGUUGCGGAUUCCAAUGACGAGGACCCCAUUCCACGGCCGAUCGGAAGAAAGAAGGCAAAAUCCAUUGCCUCGGCUUCGGGAGGGUCCGACUUUGUUUCCGCUUCUUCCCGCGAUGAAAUCGGCCGGGAAAUGGUUGAACAACUUCGAGCGUUCAAUCUCCAAGAACAAGAGAUGUUGAAGCUAAAGGAGAAGGAGUUGAAGCUAAAGGAGCAGGAGGUCGAGAUGAAAGUCAUGGCAACCGACCCCGGGACGUUGUCGGAGAUUGGACGAAUGCUCUACGAGAAAAGAAUAAAAGAGAUCAAGGAGAAAUAUAAUUUUCCUUAGUUUUUUAUUAAUGUAUCUUUUUUUAUUAUUGUCGCUUUUUUAUAUUUAAUGAAUGUAUUUUUUAUUA